ACACGUACUGAAGCUAUAUAUAAUAUACGUGCAUACAUAUCAAAUUCUUCUCAUAUCGCGUACCAUAAACCCGCAGCCGUACCACAUACCAACUAAGAUCAUAUUCACAUGAUUCGCAAUUUACAUUGGUAUGUGGUAGGGGUGCAGGUUUACGGUUUUUGAAAUUUACCCUUCACCUUUUCUUACUUUGUACCAUUAUUUAAUUUGUGCCUCUGACAGACAUAUCUAUUAUAUAUAUAUAUAUGUGUGUGUGUUGAGUGAUAGCAGAUGUACCAUAUUGUAUUGUUGUACUUGUAAUUAGUGAUGGCUCGGUUUGUUUUUUUGUCUCUCUUAUUCUUAUUCUUAUUCUUAAUUGAUGGUUCUAAGAGUCAGCUUCAUGUUGGUUUCUACUCCAACACAUGUCCUCAAGUAGAGUCCACUGUCCAUGAUGUUGUUAGAGAAGCUGUUCUUUUUGACAGAACCAAGGCUGCUGUUCUUCUCAGGCUUCAUUUUCAUGACUGCUUUGUUGAGGGAUGUGAUGGUUCAAUACUGAUUAAUACUACUCAAAAUCCAGAGAAGACUGCAUUUCCACAUGCAGGUGUUAAAGGAUUUGAAGUGAUAGAAAGAGCCAAGGCACAAUUAGAAGCAUCCUGUCCAGGAGUGGUUUCUUGUGCAGAUAUUGUUGCAUUGGCAGCUAGAGAUGCAAUUGUCAUGGCAAAUGGACCUGCAUAUCAAGUUCCAACAGGGAGGAGAGAUGGAUUUGUUUCAGAUAAAUCUCUUGCAGGUAAUAUGCCGGAUGUUAAUGAUUCAAUUCAGCAACUCAAGACCAAGUUCCUAAACAAGGGUCUCACAGAAAAAGACCUUGUUCUUCUCAGUGCUGCACAUACAAUUGGAACCACAGCAUGCUUCUUUAUGAGAAAAAGACUAUACGAAUUUUUCCCAUUUGGAUCAGACCCAACUAUUAACCUGAAUUUUCUCCCAGAACUGAAAGCAAGGUGCCCUAAGGAUGGAGAUGUCAACAUCCGUUUAGCCAUGGAUGAAGGGAGUGAUCUGAAAUUUGACAAGAGUAUAUUGAAAAACAUAAGGGAAGGUUUUGCUGUGUUAGCUUCUGAUGCAAGACUUAAUGAUGACUUUGUAACAAAGAGUGUCAUUGAUUCCUACUUCAAUCCUAUAAAUCCAACAUUUGGACCUUCUUUUGAAAAUGAUUUUGUUCAGUCCAUGGUAAAAAUGGGACAAAUUGGAGUAAAGACAGGUUCUGUUGGAAACAUUAGGCGUGUGUGCUCAGCAUUUAAUUGAAGUCAAAUUGUGAUUACAUAUAUGUAAUUGAUGUUCACAUAUUAAUUCUGAUCUUAUUUUUACUGAUA